CAAGUGAGAAUAGAUAAGACGGAUAUUCAAUGUCAAAUUCAGAAUAAAUCGUAUCAAUGGCAAAGGCACACUAUCGCUUAUUAUUUAUGUGUUUUUUGUUGAAUGUUGGUGCAUCUACGGUUGCAAGAAAACGACUAUUAUUAGAUGAUCCUGCAGCUAUUUUGAAUCGUCUGGAUCAGUUGGAGAAAACCGUACUAAACCAAACAAAAGAACUUGAUCAACUGAAAAGAACACAGAAUGAUACGAAACCAGCCUUUUUUGCAGUGUUAUUAGUUUCUGGUGAAAAUUUCGGGAACGAACAAAUACUGAAAUUCGACAGUGUAAAAACCAAUAUCGAAGGAGGAUAUGAUCCUAUAACCGGAGUUUUCAUAGCUCCAAAAGAUGGAACAUAUCAAUUUACAGGCGUCAUUUAUUCAAAUGGACAGGGUGCAGAUAUUGAAGCACAGAUGAAUAAGAAUCAUGAACUUUUAUUAAAAGGCUACUCGUCUGGUUCUUCCCAUGCUGAGUCACUGGUCAUGAGUGGUGUUGUCACAUUGAAGACAGGUGAUCAUAUUUUCAUUCAGCACAGAGGACCAGCAGUAGACAAUGCACGUGGGGAUAGUCAUUCAUCGUUUUCUGGAUUCAUGAUAUAG